AUGAUUCGUGAAGGAGAAUGGAAUAUUAAUGAAUUUCCAGAACUGAAAAAGGAUUUAUUAAAUAAACUCAAUAUCCAGGCUGUUGAUGAGACUUCCUUACCGCAAUUAUUAGAAGAAGUAUUAGAAGAAGUACAAAUACUUUGUCAUAGUGAGACUAUCGAUGAUAUUGUUCCUGUAGUAAUUGAUAAGAAAUUGACUGUUAAUAAUCUGAAAGAUGAGAUCAAAAAUGCUCGGCAAGAUUUACGAGAAAUAAACAUCGAUCUAUAUGAUAAAGAUUUCGCUCAGGACAAGGGAUAUUGA